AUGGCAUGCCUCACGGCUGCGACUGGCCGGCGCCUCGGCGCGUCAGCUCGGCUCGGCGUAGCGAUAGUGGCCAGCGCAACUCGCCUGGACUCAACGCUCAGCCAGGAGCUCCCGCACGCGCUGGCGCGAAGCCUCUACAACAAACUCUACAACAAAAUCGCGCUCUACAUCGCUCUACAACGCAGGCGCCUCGUCAAAGGAUGCGCCGGCGGCGAGGGAUGCGUCCUCUUGUGGGACGACCUGUCGCGUGCGCGCGAGCGGAUGCGCGAGGACGACGAGGACGACGAGGUCGAGAUGGCUUUAAACACAACUAGUUUUGCUCGGAAGACGCGCGCCGGCCAGGGGGACUCGCUUGCGAUCCCGCUCCAGCCAGAGGCCGCGUGA